UGGGGGGAAGGCGCAGUCGUUGCUCGCCGUUGGGACGCCAAAAGAAUAGGAGGGGAUGUGUUGUGCGGAUGGCUCCCUUUCUUCUUCCCAUAAGAACUCGCCUCUUCUUCCAAACGGAGACGCAGGUGUAGCCUCUUUAUCCUCCCUCCAGCCUACCACUACCCAUCUCCAAUUUUCCAUGCGCCGCACCUCUCCUUUCAAGUUACCAGAGGAGGAUUUUACGCGCCGGAGUGGGAAGAAUAACAUCUUGCUAUAUGAGAUGUGGUGCGUCUCAUUUGUGUGCCGUCUGUUACCACGGUUGUGAAUGUGAAGCCGGGUCUGCACCCAGCACAGAUGACUUGAACCGGACGGCAGAGGCGGUUGCUACAGCACUUGUUCUAUAAAGAGAAGACUUAUUGAUGACCAUGGCUGACCAGUACAGUAUGUUUCUCACCACGGCGCCCCCCCUCCGGCGUGGAAGCACACCCCUGCCUGUCAAACAUCAGCUGCGGAGGGAAGAGGCCGUGUCCGAGGACUGCGAUUGGAUCCCGGGCUUGGAGGAGCCUGCCACGUUGCCUAUCAGUGACACAGCGGUGCCUCGGGAUGAGUCCUUCAGCCAAUCGGCAGCAAGCCAGUCAGUUUACCACAGCCACGGCGGGGCAUUGAGGAUAGUGCUAAUGGGACAGAAUGGCGUGGGCAAGUCGUCGCUAGCCUUAUCUUUGGCUGGCCAGUCGGACAGAUCCCUCUCUAUAGACUCUGAGACACAAGCAUGUGGUGAGGGCUAUGAGUGCACAGUAACAGUCGACGAUGAGGACAGCAAAGUCAUAAUUUUUGACAACUGGAAACAGGACCUUUCCACUCUGCAGUGUGAUGUGUGUAUCCUGGUCUUCUCAGUGACUGACAGGCGAAGUUUCCAUCGCACGGCCCAGCUCCGCCUCCUUCUCAGGGAGUCCCAGCCACACACACCAAUCAUCCUGGUGGGCAACAAGAGCGACCUCGUUCGCUCCCGUGAAAUCAGCUCUGAGGAGGCCCAAUCCAGUGCCAUGAUGUUUGACUGCCUCUACAUGGAGCUCUCAGCCUCCCUGGACCACGGCACCAACGAGCUGUUGGAGGCUGCAAUACGGACUGCAAGGGGCGACUGCGUGGGCCCCGGCUGGACCGACGGUGACCCCGGGGCAGGCCGCAGGGAAAGCCUGACCAGCCGAGCUAAGCGUUUCCUGGCGGGGCUUGUACCGCGCUCAUACGGUCGAGACCGUGACCGCGAUCGGGGCCGCUACCGGGAGAUGAGCCGCCACAGGGGCAGCAAGAUCCUCCGCCAGAAGUCUCGUUCCUGUCACGACCUCAGUGCACUGUGACACACACAUGCAUGCAUGCAUGCAUACACACACACAGGCAAAGAGACACACUCCUACACAUGUACACACACACCAGAUAUGAAGGAUAAGAGCGAAAGGGAGGUUUAAAAGAUGGAGGAGGAGAAGAGGGUAAAAUGGAAGAUAGUAAGAAGAAGCAGAUGACUGCAUGUAGGGACAAGAAGGAGGCAGAGGAGACUCACUUGGGUGGGAAAAUUGAAAGGGAUGGAAAGAGAGAAAUUUAGCAAUGGUGGAUCAAGGGCAAGGGAGGAGAAAAGGGAGAGAAAGUUGGAUAGAUAGAGCUGAAAUCAGCCUGGAUCGCAGCACUAAACCUGAGGAGGUUGGAGAGAAUACAAAAGCAGAUAAGGAGGUGAGCAGCUUGUGUGAAUCAGCGAGCACUCUUUACCUGAUGAGAGCAAAAGAUAGCAAGAUGCUGAUUGGACCCUUACUGUGGCAAAAUGGGAGGGGGGGGGUCACAAAUAAACACACACUCAAGUAGCACGUUAUGAUUAUGUAGAGACUGAGAGCAAUCUAAUGUAUACCUAUUGUAAACCCUGUUUUAUAGCAUGCAGAGUAGAUGAUCCAAGACAUGACCCUGUAGGUUUUACAGUUACACGAUACUGGAAUGACUGUACCUCAGUGGCCAAUAGCUAAUGCACAACUAGCUAGUGUCUCUAGCAAUGCUCUCUCAAUGGCAAGACCCUUUAUUUAUAUUUAAAAAAUGCUCCUUCUGUGCACAUUUUUUAACAAUCUUCCCACUGCAUACACCUUUUGUGUCCCAUGCUGAUUGGAAAAAGUGUUUGAUGAUACCACCAAUGGCAUACAUUCAUCUGUGAUUUUUAUACAAGGAUAAAAACAUCAGCGCACAAGCCAUAUUUUCGCUGAAUGCGUCAUGAGCGCUCAGCACAAAGAACCCUUUACCAUAGGAUGUGGAGCGAAAGAAAAAAGGUCAAAAUGGCUAUGAGGAAUAAGACGUUAGCAGGGAUGACCAGACUGAACCUUUCGUCAAUAGAAGCUGAGUCACAGAACGCUGGGAUGUUCUUGAAGCACAGCAAGACAAAUAAGAGAAAACCUAAUCUACCUGUGGCUGUUUGAUGUUUUCAUUUUUAUCUUUUUACCCACUGGCAUUAUUAUGUGUGUCGAGACUGAAUUCUGUGGGGGCUGGCCACACAGGUGACCCAAAAGAGAACGUUCUGGAAACGUUGUUUGGAUAGCUCGUCAAGCGUGGUGGCGUCACGUCUACUAAGCACUCUUGUUUGUCACCAUCUACUAAGCACUCUCGUCUUUCCACUGAGAAUAAAUACAUUUUUGUUUGACAUCCUGAA